AUGCCGCGAACAACCACAAUCGAAUGCCCAGUAAUUGAAGCUCGGAGUAAGCUAGAUGGAGUUCCUAAGGUUGUAGAGAGGUGGGGUGACCCUGAUUCCUCUAAAGCUAUCCCCGCCGCUUCUAUCAAUGACAGAAAAUCCAACCCUUUUUUUGCUGCGUUGUGUACACGGUAUUGUACUAUUCAGAUUGAAGUUUUGAGUCCAGUUACUGGAGAGUUGUGUUUUUCAAUUUGCAAUGAUGGUGAUGACACUUCUCAAUUAGAUGACCCGAUUGCUGGAUUGCAUUUAUUUAAAAAGCGGAUGGUAGAGUCAUCAUCAAGGUCGUGCACCUUGCUUUCUUGUACAACUAAAGGGAAAGCAAGCUUGAGGAGAAUUGAAGAUUUUGAUUCACACACUGGUUCUGUUUCUUCUGCUACUCCAGAAACGUGGAGUGUGUGCGGUUCUGGUGAGAUUUGCUGCUCCAAAGUACAUGCUAAUGAAGGCUACUCUGUGUUUGGAGGGAAAGGCAUUGAAAUUAACAUGUGGGACCUGGAGAAGACUAGUAAGAUUUGGAGUGCAAAAUCUCCCCGAGCGAAUAACCUUGGAAUUUUUACGCCAACUUGCUUUACAUCUUUGACCUUCCUAAGCAACGAUGAUCAUCGCAAGGUUGUGGCUGGUACCAAAAACCACCAGGUAAUAUUAGCUAAUGGAGAUUCUUGUUGUCAGUUGUUUGGAGGCAAAUGGGGUCCUUUUUAAGACCAUGCUUUGUUUUAUUAACUUCCUUAGAUUUGGGAGAUCCUUAUAUAGCCAGUUUCCUAUGAGUGGUGGGGGGGGGGGGUAAGGGGGUAUGUGGAAUUUCCUAUGUUUUUUUUCCCCUGACGUAGACAUGUCUGAGCAUAUUUGUAAUUACAUAAGCUAUAGAUUGCAAUCUGCACUAUUUCUUCAGAAAAGGUUUUCUCUUUGUUGACUUAGGGUCUGAAAUGUCUCGACUUCUAUUACUCUGGGUAAAGAUGCAUGAGCAAUGCUCCAUAUCCUUUCCUAAGAUCAGUCUGGGUGCAUAUUUGAGCAGAUGGAGAGUAGCUUUAGUAAUUCCCAUCUAGGGAUGCAAGAACUUUUUCAUAGACUCAGCACACGAUAUGGGUGAAACUGUCUUUGCUUGUCUAAGUGUCACUUUCUAUCAGCCACUAGUGGUUUACUCUUGGCCAUGGUUACUGCAUUACUUCAUGGAUAUUUUUAUACACCAUUAUUUAUUUAAAGUGUUUGUACCCUGUGGAGACUACCUAUUCUCAUUGGGGACCUAAAAGUGUAUCUGAAUAAAAGCUAACCUAAAAAUGAGGAAUACAUUGGGUAUUUAUAGCCCACAAAAGAUAAGCCCGAAAAAAAUAAUAUGUCGGCUAAAAUAUAACCUCGCCUGGUCAGACAGG